UUACACACGACGGACAUUCGACACCCAAGCGCAAAUCGAAAAAGCCCGGUUAACACGACUGUGAAAAUAAUAUUGUGUUAAAUGUUAAAACGUACUCGAGUGUGCAUAUUUAAAUAGAUUAAAAAAAAAAAAAAAAUUACAAAUCGCGAGUUCGGAUCGAAUACUUGUUUUUUUUUUUUUAAAUUUUCGUUUUUAUUUUUUUAUAAUGAAAAAUUCUUGAGACAAUUUUUGCGUGCGUUACUCGAGCGGUUACGGUCGCUUUGUGUAGGGCUGAUAAUUUUUUUCCGCGGCUUUACCCCUACGUGUACGGAACUUUGAAAACGCGUUGGACGAAAACAAAAAUAUAAAAAAAAAUUCUAAAGCCACGAUGCCAUCGCCGCUAUGGUCGUGCAACACUUGAGCGAGGCCGACGGGUACGACGGAACGGAUAAAAAAAGAAAAUGAAAACGGUACUUAGUAUGCACAGACCGUUUCAUAUUGCCGGAAUACUAUUGUCGAGUUACAUAAUGGUAACUAUUGCGGCACCUCCUUAUCUUUCUCCUUUGCUUCGUAUCGAAAAUACAACCGACCACAGUGGUAACACGGUUAUCACUGAUACGGAAGAGGAACCCGACAAGAUAAGUCCGUUUUGGUCGUUCAACGACUCAACAGUAGAUCUCUCCAAAUACGAACAGUUUGAUCAUCAGCGUUUUAUUGAAACUGUUUUGGACCCAGAGUUGUUACAACCGACAUCAGCAACCUUGCCAAAAACUAAAAUACCUUCAAAUACAAAGCGGAAAAAUUCUACUAAAGUAUUGAAGGUCGUGUCACCUCCAGUGUUUGAAGGGCCGCCAAUCACCAAUGUUACAGCAAGAUUGGGUGAAAGUGCAUUCCUUCAUUGCACUGUGCGAAAUCUUCAACAGAGACCAGUAUCUUGGGUCCGUCGACGAGAUUGGCACAUACUGAGUUCCAACGUUUUUAUGUACACAAAUGACGAUCGAUUUCAUGUGCUACAUGCAGACAACGCAGAUAAUUGGGACCUGCAAAUUAAAUAUGUACAAAAAAGGGACGCUGGGUCAUACGAAUGUCAGGUGGCGUUGGGAACAGGCAUCGCCUCACAUUAUUUUAAUCUAGAAGUAAUUGUACCAACUGCUCGAAUAUUGGGAAGAGAAGAGUACCACGUGGGUAAAGGAAGCACAAUAAAUCUUAUUUGUGUUAUAAAAAAUGGUUCGUUGUUGACCAGUAACGUGGUGUGGAUCCACAAUGGCCGGCCAAUCGAUAAUUCGUCCAACAACAAAAACGAUUACCGUGAGGUCAAAACCGAAAUCUUACAGCCAGACAACACCGUGCAGAGUAGAUUGUUCAUCAGAGGAGCGUCUCCGUCAGCACUGGGCAACUAUACGUGCUCGGCGCCUAACACCGAGUCCGACACUGUCAACGUGUACGUGAGCGAAGAAGGUGAUAAUAUAGCAGCGAUUCAAAGGCACGGUACGUCGUCCAGUCCAUCGUUGAUACUGAUGGCCAAUUUACUAUUGGCGACUCCUUUAACUUUACACAGGCUAUCAGAAUUCUUUUGAAUCGAUAGCUAUUUGUGUAAUAAAACGGAUUCCAGAAUUCUGAAGAUGAGAAUUUAUGAGGACGGUGUUUUUUGGAUUUUGAAUUAAUUUAAACACGGCGCUAUAUUGUUUGAUGGUUAUUAACAAACUUAGGCAGAUAUAUUAUACUAAAUGAUUCGUAAAUUGUUCUUAUAAUUUAUGACAGUUAUCACAUUUAUACAGAUUUUAAUAAAAAUAUGUUAUACAGGGGAAUAAUGUACAUAUUAAAUAAGAUUUUCAAAGAAAACAACACAAUGUUUGUAAAAUAUUGUUUUAAUAAACCCAAAAUCAUUGAUUACAUUGCUUAUCAGAAUCAAUUACUAUAUUUUACUGUUUUUUUUAAUAAUUCAAAAAUAUAUGCAUUUAUAAAAGCAAAUAUAAAUUUCCAUAAUAGAAUAGAUUCAGUUUUGUUUAAUGUUUAAAAAUAUAUUUUCUAUAUCAAUAAUAUUGUGUAGAUUUAAAGAUAUUUGAUUGUUAAUCAGGCGAAUGUAAGAAUUUUUUUUUUUUACUAAUCUGUUUAGAGCUAUGUUACCAGUCAUACCAUCAAGUAUUAUCAAAUGUGGAUUAUUGAAAUAUUCAAUUACAUAAAAAAAAAAAUUAUAAUAAUAUAACGUUGUUACAAUACAAAUAUGUUAAGGUAAAAACACGGUCAAGCAGGGGACUAUUUGGUAGUGAUAUGAUGGCAUUAUCUGAACAAGUAAAUCAAUUCAAACAUUGCGUCUGCCAAGUUUGAUAAUAAAAAAAAAAGACGUGUUCUUAAAAACUAUUGUAUCAUAUAUUUCAAUGUGAAUUUUGUUUUAGAAUAUAAUGUAGUUAUAAACUAAAAAUCUACUUAUGUUUAUUUAA